AUGAAACGUAUAAGUCUUGUGGGGAGAUCAGUAUCCCCUCUCAAGGUGAUGAUGGAUAUAGAAGUGCCGUUAUGGAUAGCAUUGAUCCUAAAAGAACAGGAUAAGUGUAAUUUAAUACCUCCACCAUGGCUUAAUUGGAGCAAUUUGAAUCGAGUUUAUAAGGAGGAAGUCCAUAACAAGUAUCGCUUCUCUCAACUACCUUGGAAUUGGCAAGAAGUAGCACUUACUUUUUUGAGGUUUGCUCCCGAUGAUAUCGAUGAGCCAAUUUCAAGAUUAUUCAGUAUUUUGCAAGAUCUCAAAGAAAUAAGAAAAGUGAAAGCUCAACGAGGACUCAAGGAAUUAAACGAAUCCAAUAUUCAACUCAAUGGACUAUCAUCCAUGGAAAUCGGUGAAUUGAAGCCAUUUGUGGUGCAAGUUAUGGAUGAGCUACGUCUUCUUCACGGCGCAUCCAACGAAGCCAUCCUCCAAGAAAACAGCGACGAGGAAGUUGAAGCACGUGAUUAA